AUGAUGACAGUGCAUCGGGACAAGGCAGCAAAAAGAAAGAAGACCAAUGUGGCAUGCGUCAACUGCUCGCGGUCGCAUGUGACGUGCGAGAGCCAGAGGCCGUGUACGCGAUGUGUCAAGAAGGGGCUCGAGAUGUCGUGCGUUAACGCCCCGCGCAAGAGGCGGAAGUAUUUGGCGGACGUGCCCGAAGACCAGCUGCCCAUCCCGCUGAAGCCGGCGGACGCCGACGCGGGGCCUGGGAUGUCGGAGCGAGACGGCGCGGCGGAGAGCGGGUCGAAGGGCCCGGAACACCAGUUCCAGGACCAGGGCAAGAUCGUGCACAAACCCAAGUUCCUGUCGAAUGCCGCGAACCUGGAGUACUCAACGCUGUCAGACAUCAUCCACCAGGACACGCUGCUGAACAAGAUCCCGGUGAGCCUGCUGUACAAUGGGACGGACUCGCCGACGCCGCCGUCCGAGGCGCUGAGCGGGACGCACAGCGCGAGCCACGGCGCAGACGUGGCGGGCUCGCGGCUGUCGGAGCGGCCGGUGCACAACGUGCUGAACAGCAUGUCCAGCAGCCGGUUCGUGCUGCGGGGGCUGCUGGGGCCGCAGACGGACAGCAUCCUGAGCUCUAACGUCGACCUGUUCAAGGUGCACUUCCCGCUGGUUCCGCAGGCCGUGGCGGACGGGACGCUGGACUUCAAGCGGCACUCGCAAGGGUCGAUGGUGGCCAAGAAACUGAGGUAUGACAAGUCGAUCAACCAGUACUAUCUUUCCCCUGCAUGUGCGCUUCCCGAGGUGCCGAAUCCGAAUAAGCACCUGUGCAACGGCACGGUGAGCUUCUCGCUGGAGAGCCGCGCGCCGGACGAGCACCAGGUGCUGUACCGCUCGGACUGGCCGCACUCGUUGCGGUACGGCACGCCGAUGGAGAUCUACACGCUGAUCUCGGAGCCGUUCUGUCACACCUCGGGCUUCCACUCGCUGCUGAAGUACCUGCACAGCAGGUUCCACCGGCACGACCUGGUGGAGAUGUGCCGCUCCAUCGCGGAGUUCCGGCCUAUUUUUAUUGCAUCCGCUGUGGAUCUAACCGAAGAAGAUAUGAUAUUCAUGGAACAGAGCUACCAGCGCACCCUUCUUGAGUAUGACCGUUUCAUCACGCAGAUCGGCACGCCAACCUGUGUGUGGCGGCGCAACGGGCAGAUAUCGUACCUGAACGAUGAGUUCUGCCUGCUCACGGGUUGGACCCGUGAAGAGCUUCUGAGCAAGAUGACCUUCAUUGUGGAGCUGCUCGAUGACAACAGCGUGCGGGAGUACUUCAAGACGUUCAGCAAGGUGGCAUACAAGGACUUCAAGGGCUUCGAGCAGAUGGAAACCUGCGUCCUGCUCUCCCCCAUCGAGGGCCGCACAAUCGAAUGUAGCUGCAUGUGGACGUGGAAGCGCGACGUCUUCGGCAUGCCGAUGAUGAUAGUCGGCCACUUUCUGCCCGUAAUCGCGCAUCCGGAACCACGGGACACAGACAGGCUGGCAGACAGCGACUUCUGCAUCUCCGCCGGUGAGGGCAAUCCCAUAUAG